CCAUUCCCGACUUCCAUUCCCGUUCCCUUCACCGCUCGCUUUGACUCACAAAUUAUUUCCAAUUUGAUUGACUUAAGUCAUACAAAAGUGAGCCAAAGUGAGACACAGGACACAGAUCUUCCUCCACAUUAUCCCAACUCUUGGAUCCCAGUUCUUGAGUCCAGGAAUAUAAGAGUUAAUGAAAUGAAGACAUUAACCGUUUUUGGACAAGAAUUGGUGGCCUAUAGGAGCCAAUCGGGUCGAGUGUCUGUCUUAGACGCGUAUUGUCCUCAUUUGGGGGCAAAUAUAGGCGUCGGAGGAAUGGCUGUCAAAGAAUGCGGCGAAGAAUGUAUUAGAUGUCCAUUUCAUGGCUGGACUUUCCGAGUAACAGAUGGUCUUUGCGUAAAAAUACCUCAAUUGAACAUUGUAAUCAAAUCAAAACUUUUGUAUACAGAGUGUGAAAUACCUACGGCUCGGAUCAAAGUAUGGCAAACGAUUGAAUUGAAUAAAACAAUAUUUGUUUGGUAUCACUCGGACUCUUCUUCUCCUCAUUGGGAUCCGAUUGAAAUACAAGAGAUUGAAAGAAAUGUGUGGAGAUAUGAGGGAAGGACUGAACAUAUAAUUAACUGUCACUUUCAGGAAAUCCCAGAAAAUGGUGCCGACGGACAACACAUCCAAGAACUCCAUACACCGGCUGUGAUGUCGGGAAAUGUGUUAAAUAAAAGCACUUUUUACGACCUGUUGUGCAAAGUAUUGAAACACGAGUGGGAAUCCAAGUGGUGGCCGUCGGCCACGAGUCCACACAUUUCUCAAAUGUCACUAAACGUGAAAAACAAACUUUUUGGCUAUACUUUACUGGAGAUUGAGUUUACAAUCCGCCAAAUCGGCGCCGCUUUCGUUGUAUUACAAUAUAAAACAGUGGAUUUUGGAGGCAUUUCGGGUGCAUUCAUACAAUCGAUCACUCCUUUGGCACCCAAUCGUAAUCGGAUUGUCCAUCAGAUCUACUCCGAGGCCACUCUUUGGGGCAAACUUUUGGCUAAAUUUCUUCUUUACGGAGAG